CAUGAUGCGCUCACUCUAUGUCGUGCUUGCCUGAUCCAUGAGAGACCUUCUUGAGAACGUUCUAAAUACAAUACAGGGCUGUGGCAUUCUAAACAAAACACAUUAUUAAUUGGACCGAUCGGCCAAUGUCUUUUGAAAAAAGGAUCGAACAUUCCAAAUGAACAUUCUUCUGCUGCAAGUAGAAGUGUACCAAAUCCUCCCUACCUUUCUUUCUCUACUUGGCAAUUGCUUCUUUUUUUUUUUUUUCUCAUUUGAUAGGGUUUUAAACCAUUAAUUCCCCGAGUUUUUCAAACUAUUUGUAUCCAGUAGAAAUCCACACAGCCAGAAUACAUAAAUCUGUGCAAAUGAACACACAGGUUCUUCAAUCAUUGCAGGACGACAUGAUAAUCUUUCUUUCAAAUAGGAGGCCACCCCAUCCUUUUCUCAAUUAAGACAGGGAUGGGAAAACAAUAAAUACCCAACUCAACGAACUCUAUAUUUAGCCCGCGUGCACUAGGAAUUGGUAGGAUUCAUCAAAUCAACAACGAACAAAGUUCUCUACACUCGAGCUAGGCAGGCUCAUCCUAGGUUGUAGACGGGACUAGCUAGCUAUCUAGGGAGUGAAAUGGAGAGGAUGAAAUCGAAGCUUUCCAUGAUUUGCAUUUGCAUUGCCACGUUGGCAAUAGUAGCAGUGGCUACAAUUCAAGAGGAUGAGAAGGAUUGUGCGGACCAGCUUACCAAUCUUGCAGCUUGCAUUCCCUAUGUAAGUGGCGAUGAGAAGAUCCCCACUCCAGAGUGUUGUGAGGACACCAAGAAAGUCAAGAGUGCUAAACCAAAGUGUCUCUGUGUUCUCAUCAAAGAGAGCACCGAUCCCUCCAUGGGUCUCCCCAUUAACACCACUUUGGCUCUUAAAAUGCCUUCUGCUUGCAAGAUUGAUGCAAAAGUCUCCGACUGUCCAUCUAUACUGAACUUGGCACCAGAUUCACCUGAUGCAAAGAUUUUUGAAGCAGCGAGUAAGGAUUCGAGCACGAGUUCAUCAACAACAAACUCUCCUCCAGCUUCUGCUUCAACUUCUUCAUCAUCGUCUGGAUCAUCAACAUCUCCAUCUUCUUCAAGCUCAUCAUCGAGUUCAGACACCAAGCCAACCGCAAGCAGCAGCAUUGCUGGAGCGAAGUUGUGCCAAAGCAGCCUUGUUAUUGCGGGAUCCGCAGUAAUUGCGCUGUUGUUACUUUAAGUCCCUUUACCAGCCAUCGAGAGAAUAAUACAUGCAAGCAGAGACAUCAUCUAAGGAAAUAAUGGAGUCUCAAGAGUAUGAUAGUCGGUUAGUUUAGUUCUCCGCUUAUGAAUUUUAGUUUUAGGAUAAUAACAAUAAUAAAAGAUAAGAGGCAGCUGUGCGACCGCAAAGUUUCCUUCAACAUGUUGGAGAAGGUUCUUUAAAUUUCUUCUCCCUUCUUUGUUUUCAUGAACCCGAUGUAAUGGUAGAAUUCUUGAGUGACUCUGCUUCUA